AUGUCGUCGGCUGCCUUACAAACGGCCCCCCAUCAACACACCGCUCUGGCCUCGUCCCCCUUGGGCACACCGUCGUCUCGCCAGUACAGGCCCUCGCACUCAUCCCCUAGUAGCCAGGCGUACAAUGCCCAGCAGACCUCGACCGCUUCUUCAUCAUCGCGACGACCUCCUUCACGAAAAACGAACGACAGCGCUCCUUCAACAGCUUAUCAUCUAGCUCCAGGCUUCGGUUCUCCUGUCACCGCUCCGGCGCCCAACGACCAGGAACCUUCAGCUUCUGCCUCUGACAGGCAAGGCAACAUGCCUCCCGUCGCUCCUCCACGGACUUCGUCCAGCCACCAGAGUGGUGGCGGUAGUGGCGCGCGAAGGUCUCAAUAUUCUAACGAAAAGCCCUCCAAUUCCCCUCGCCGAAACGAUCCCACACGAACUGGUUCGCGUGGUGAUCCUGCGGCCACAGAGAACGGUCACCGAAGCAGCAAGGCUGACGGUGCUGCCCGAUCCAGUAGCCGAGACGGCAGGGCCGCCAAUACUUCAAUGCCGAUUCGAACUGGACAAAACACGCCCUCAAGGCCGGUUCACGAUGCCACUGACAGCUUAACAAAAGCCAUUGCAGCUGCUCAAGAUACCAUUGACCGGGAUCGCAACCAUGCCACAAACCACAACAACGUCGACGAUGCCGCUGCGCCGCCUCCCGUUGUCGCAACAGGCGACCAUGGCGAGGAACGACGGGGACAACGAAGCCGACAUGACCACAGCCGAAGUCACAAAGGCAACACUAAAUUCGGCGAUUUUAUUCUGGGCAACACUAUUGGCGAGGGUGAAUUUGGCAAAGUGAAGCUGGGUUGGAAGCAGGACAGCAGUGUUCAGGUCGCGAUCAAGCUUAUCAAGAGAGAUACCGUGGGUAGCAACCCGUCUCGAUUUGCAAAGAUUUACCGUGAAGUUGCUAUUCUUCGUGGGGUUCAGCACCCCAAUAUCGUGCGUCUGAUCGACAAGGUCGAGACAGACCGACACAUUGGUAUUAUCCUCGAAUAUGCGUCUGGCGGUGAACUGUUCGAUUAUAUCCUCAACCACCGUUACUUAAAAGACAAUGCCGCCCGCCGCUUGUUCGCGCAGCUCAUAUCUGGUGUCGGCUACCUACACAAGAAGGGAAUCGUUCACCGAGAUUUGAAGCUAGAAAACUUGCUUCUCGACCGCAAUCGCAAUAUCAUCAUUACCGACUUCGGCUUCGCCAAUACUUUCGACCCCAACGAAGAAUUGAGUAAGGACGAAGAGCUUAACCUCACAGAUAAGGAGUUUGUGAAGCGAAUGGGCCUGGACAGGGUCAAGAUGAACGGCUCCAGGAAGGGUGAUCUCAUGCAAACAAGCUGUGGAAGUCCUUGUUAUGCCGCGCCCGAACUGGUUGUCAGCGAUUCUCUUUACACUGGCCGCAAGGUGGAUGUAUGGAGCUGUGGUGUCAUUCUGUACGCCAUGCUCGCUGGUUAUCUUCCCUUCGAUGACGAUCCCGCCAACCCUGAAGGCGACAACAUCAACCUCCUCUACAAGUAUAUUGUGACGACGCCUCUGACCUUCCCUGAAUACGUCACCCCUCAUGCUCGAGACCUGCUUCGUCGCAUCCUCGUUCCUAACCCCCGCAAGAGAGCGGAUCUAUUCGAGGUUGCCAGGCACAGUUGGCUGAGCGAGUACGCGAAUCUCGUCGAGUUCAUUACCAGCGCGACAACAUUACCCUCAGAAGUCCCCGACUCUGGUGUUACACCUGAUGACUACGCCGAAGCCCCGACAAUGGCCCGAAGUUCCUCGGUCCGUGAGGCCUCGAAACAUAAACAAUCCCAUCCUCCUGUCGUUGGAGGACUGGCCAAAACCCAUGGCAGUGUUGACCCCGAGUCCGAGACUACUCACCGCGGCACAACGAAGGAUGCCAAGCGAAGAACUGUCCAAGUCGAAUAUGUUGCCCCUACAACGAAAACCCAACGUGGAACCGACGCUGCGUCUUCAAAACAUAGUUCCCAUUCUCUUCAACAAGCACCUGCGGAUGCACCUGAUCCCGUUACCGAGAAGCCUCUGCCUCGUGAACCACCACUGACAAAGGACAAUCAUUCUCGUGCUCAACAGUCGAGGCGUCCCCAGAGUUCCCACAAGAAUGCUGCUCCUCACAGGCCAUCUCGCGAUACUCGUGCCACUUCCGACAAUGCUUUCAUGACUGGUGGAACUCCUACAACAAGGCCACGUACACAAGGCUCUAUGCAAUCUUCUGCAUCGAUGGGUCUGCAGUCUCAGGGCAACUAUGGCCAGCCUGCACCACCCACGAUUGCCGAUACAAACGCACAGGGUCGUAUCCAGCAACCCCAGAACCCGGAUGAGGAGGAGCAUAUUGCCAAGGCAGUUGGCAGUGUCCCUCCCAAGGUGAUGAAGAUGUCGACUUUCCAGAACGAAACCAAGUCAUCAGGCAGAGGUCACAAGAGAUCCAACACACUGGGUGACAUUGGCAGUAAACUCAUGGGACGCAGCGGAUCCAUCUUUGGUGGCCGAUCUAAGAAACGGCCGGAGCAACAGCAACAACCGCAACCUCAAUCUGAUAAGUCACGAAAGUACCCUCCUGUCAGCAUGUCCAACACCAUGCUGCCAGGUGAGGACGCCGGACCACGACCCUCGAUGGACUCCAAGGCUUCUCGACGAUCUUUCUCAAUGGGUCUUGGCAAGAAGCGUAGUGGCAGUGUUCAAGGCUCCAGUGACAAGCAAAGUCGUCGAUUCUCUCUGGCGAAGGCCAUGGGACUGGGUAGAGAUCAGGGGAGUGUGACAGGAUCUGAGGCGGAUUCGCAACAGGACUUGCCUAUUCAGCACCCUCGAACUGAGCAGCUCCGGGGUUACAGCGCCCACGACGAGCCAAGGCAUAGCGAGCCUUACUUCGAUGCCCCUUACGAGCAGUACCCUCAGCGUGAUACAGCACAGUCCAGCCCUGUGUACCAUUCACGACAGGGAGGCGCUCAGCAACAGGACGGCCGAAGACCCAGCGCAAUCCCUACUUACAUACAGGGAGGUUCUCAUCUGAACACCGGAUCGGACUCGUCUGUGGAUAUGCGACGACCUACAGAGGGACGAUCUCGACCGUACCAGGCCGACUUCUCGGAGUCAGAAGGUUACGAUGGACGUCCUGUCGGAAGCAGCCGCGACGACCGCUCAAGUACACUUCACAAGACCCACAAGAAGUUCGCAGAUGCCUACGACGGCGACAACUACCGUGGCCACGAAGGCAGCAGCGGGGCCGCCAAACGAGUCAUGGAUUUCUUCAGGAGACGUGGAAAGGCCAGAGGUGGCGAGGAUCGGUGA